GAAGCUACUUUAAGUACAAAUAGCAUCGUUAAAUAAAACAAACUAAGAAGUUAAUAUUUGUGUUUAGUUGUUGUUGUCUCAGGAUUAGAACAAGUGCUGUCAAUAUUUUGUGGUUAUAUGUCAUGUGAUUUAAGCAAAAGAGGAAUAAGAAACUAAAAUACUGAUGACAACUGGGAAGUAACAACAGCACGUGAACGCACCACAACCACAGAGACCGUGAAUAAAUAAGAGAUGUCGACUCGACAACAAUGACAAGAAAACUCAGUUUUACACCGUAACUUUCUUUAAACUCUUGGAUUAUGUGAUAUAGUAUGAUGUCACCGUGCUGCUGCUGUUAGUAUGACGAAUAAAACAAAGCCAAAGUUUAGGAAAAUAAGUGUUUGCCAAACCACGUCAAAUCAUCUGUCGUGGCACCCAGAGGAGUGUGUGGGCACAGAGAAACCGAGAAAGACGCAAUAAAUCAGGCUGUCUUUUAAAAUGGACUCAGACGUCUGCCCUGUCUAUCAGUCCGACUCCUUGUGUUCUGCUACUGUUCCCGUCGAUGAAGCCUCUGAGGGUGGGGCCAGAAGACAGACUGAAGCAGCUCCGCCAGGUUCAGAGGUGGAAGAUGUUGAAUCCUACAACCUGAUCGAGCCUCCUCCGUUAGACUGGAGGUCUGAUUCCUCCAGUGAGGCGGGCUCCGAAGAUGACCUGGAGGACCCCACCUUCCCUCCUUCUGCUGACAGUCUGGACAAGGCCACUCCGAAUGAGCCAGUUUUACUAUCUUUGAGUGACACUCUGGCUAUGAUCGGCGUGAACCUGCAGGAGCUUGUGGGAGCUGUUUCAGAACCAGUACAUGUGGAGGUAGAAUUGGAAGAAAAGGAAGAAACAGUUGAGAAGGAAGAGGAGGUGAGGGUUGAGGACUUGGAGGAUGUUGGGCAUUGCCAGGAGGAGAUAUGUGUCGUGGAGCAAAGGGUGAAUGAAGAAGAUGUGGUGUUGGCUGUCAGGAGAUCAGAUGAUGAUGAUGAAGAUCACAGCCGCAUCCACAGCCUGCUCAGUCAGCUGCAGCUGCUGGCGGAAGAGCCUCAGCCCACCUGCCGGACACCCCCCCACCUGGCUCAGCAGCAGUACUCCGACCUCUGCUCCCCCUCCCUCAUAACAGACGACAGCACUGAGUCCACCGGGCUGCUGUUCUCUAAGAGCCACCAGAGAGACCUGCAGGGUCUGCUGCAGUACACAGAGAUCAGAGCCACACCCAGCCCCCCCGGUCAGCCCCACAGAGGAGACAUGGACGCUGUGGUGUCCGUUUCCUACAGCCAGGAGGACGCUCACAGGUUCUGGGGACAUAAUGGUCAACAGCAGCUACAGAGGGAGGACUCGCUGCCUGAUGAGGAGUAUCCUGAGCCUGUGUGGAUGAAGACGGGCGAGGAGCCUCCGGAGGAAAAGGAGGCUGCUGCAGAGAGCGAGCAGAGUGCAGAUCAUCCUUCAUAUAAAGACGUGCCUGGUCCAUGUGACCCUGAAGAUCUGUUGGAUGGAGUGAUCUUCAGUUCCAAGUACCUGGGAUCCACUCAGUUGAAAUCUGAGAAGAACCCGUCUACAAACGCCCGUAUGUCGCAGGCUCAGGAGGCUGUGGACCGCAUUAAGGCUCCAGAGGGAGAGUCCCAGCCAAUGACAGAGGUGGAUCUGUUCAUCUCAACACAGCGAAUCAAAGUUCUCACUGCUGACACUCAGGAAGCCAUGAUGGACCACGCUCUGCAGAUGAUCUCUUAUAUUGCAGACAUCGGCACCAUUGUGGUUCUGAUGGCACGAAGGAAACGUAAAGGACAGGAUGCUGACCCCGCCUCCAAGUCUUCCUCCACAUCCUCCUCUGUGCCUCAGAAGAAAUACUCAAUGAUCUGCCACGUCUUCUUAUCUGACGAUGCUCAGGUGAUCGCCCAGGCCAUCGGUCAGGCGUUCGGUGUGGCCUACCAGCAGUUUCUCCAGGCCAGCGGCAUCAAGGCCAGUGACCUGAGGCCGGGCGAGUACAGUGACUACCUGGAGAGUCAGGAGCUCUACAACGGAGACCUGGCCCACUUCUCCGACUCUCAGAACAUCCGAGAUGUAGCCAUCACAAAGGCUGCUGGAGAGAUCUUGGGCCUGGCGGUGGUGGAGUCGGGCUGGGGCUCCAUCCUGCCCACAGUGGUUGUGGCCAACCUCCUCCAUGGGGGGGCGGCUGAGCGCUGCGGCGAGCUGAGCAUCGGGGACCGCAUCAUGUCGGUGAACAGCACCAGCAUGGUGGGGCUGCCCAUCACCACCUGCCAGAACAUCAUUCGGGACUUAAAAAGCCAAAAGUUUGUGAAGCUCAGCAUCGUCCACUGGCCCACCGUCACCAUGGCGAUUAUUAGGAGGCCAGAUCCCAAGUUUCAGCUGGGCUUCAGUGUGGAGGACGGCAUUAUCUGCAGUCUGAUGCGGGGCGGCGGUAUCGCAGAGAGAGGAGGCAUUCGUGUUGCUGGCUCGCUAGCCACCGAAGCCCCCGCCCUAAACCCCUUCCAGUCAGAGCUUGACCAGCCAAUGAUCGGCUUUGUUCCCCCAGCUCACACUCUCCAACCAUCUGGACACACGCCCAAGAGAGAGUCAGGCUAUGUGGG